CACACGACAAAUCGCUUGAUACCAGACACAACGCCAUACCUACCCCGCAUUCGAUCCGAAUAGACCCCGAGAACCGUUACUUGUUCAGCGUUGACCAAGGCGUACGCAUUCGUUGCAAGAGGUCCAAGAGCAUUGAUAAAAGGGGAGCCCGUCGUCUGAGCGAAUUUCGGACAGUCCACGAAUAUGGUGCAGCAACUCCCCCCUCAAGGAGGUUCGCGAAAGAUCUCCUUCAACGUUUCCGACCAAUAUGAGAUCCAAGAUGUAAUUGGCGAAGGUGCCUACGGUGUGGUUUGCUCUGCGAUCCAUAAACCAUCUGGCCAAAAAGUCGCCAUUAAGAAAAUCACCCCUUUCGACCAUUCGAUGUUCUGCUUGCGUACUUUGCGUGAAAUGAAGUUGCUUCGCUAUUUUAACCAUGAGAAUAUCAUCUCCAUUUUGGAUAUUCAAAGGCCGCGCAACUACGAAAGCUUCAACGAGGUCUAUCUGAUUCAGGAAUUGAUGGAGACCGAUAUGCAUCGGGUCAUUCGUACUCAAGAUCUUUCGGAUGAUCACUGUCAAUACUUCAUUUACCAAACGCUACGUGCCCUGAAAGCCAUGCAUUCAGCGAACGUUCUUCAUCGUGACCUGAAGCCAUCAAAUCUUCUCCUCAACGCAAAUUGUGAUCUGAAAGUUUGUGACUUUGGCUUAGCUCGUUCGGCUGCCUCAACAGAUGACAAUUCCGGGUUCAUGACGGAAUAUGUGGCCACCCGAUGGUACCGUGCUCCGGAAAUUAUGUUGACAUUCAAGGAAUACACCAAAGCCAUAGAUGUAUGGAGUGUUGGUUGCAUCCUAGCAGAGAUGCUGAGUGGAAAGCCUCUAUUCCCUGGAAAGGAUUACCACCACCAAUUGACUCUCAUCUUGGAUGUUCUCGGUACGCCGACAAUGGAGGACUAUUAUGGAAUCAAAUCCCGACGGGCUCGGGAAUACAUUCGGUCCCUCCCUUUUAAGAAGAAGAUUCCCUUCAAGGCGCUAUUCCCGAAGGCCAACGAUCUGGCACUGGACCUCUUGGAGAGGCUUCUCGCAUUCAACCCUGCCAAGCGUAUCACCGUGGAGGAGGCUUUGCGUCACCCGUAUCUGGAGCCGUAUCAUGACCCUGAUGAUGAACCUACUGCACCUCCAAUUCCGGAAGGGUUCUUUGACUUCGACAAGAAUAAGGAUGCCCUUAGCAAGGAGCAGUUGAAGACCCUAAUUUAUGAGGAGAUCAUGCGGUGAGCUUGCGAUUGAACAUAACAUGCAUAUGCCAUGGACAGCUUAUCCAUCGGCGAGGAUGGAAUACAGGUCGGGAUAAAUAGGGUGGGAUGACCGAACCCAUGCACUUAAUAUCUAGUUGCAUAGACGACAAGCCAGGGUAGUACGCUCGCGCAUCGACUACGAUAUUGGCAGAGUCUUAUGAUUGGCCUUU